CGUAGUAGCGAUAGACUCAGACUUACCUCUCGACGACCGAACUGUCAUCAUUUUGUCACAGCUUUUAAAAUACCGACAUCUUUUUCAUUUCCAGAUAAUACCUUCAUCAUCAGAGUCUCAACAUGAGCGGAGAUCACGCACAUAAACACCAUCAGAUGGAAUCCGAGUCUCUGGACUAUAAUUCACACAAACACAAGGACAAACAUAAAGACAGAGAACACAAGAGAGAGCGAGACAACUCAAAGAACGGCAACAGCGAACACAGAAGUUCUUCAGAGAAGAAGCACAGAGAGAAAGAAAAAGAGCAACUUAAGCGUAAAGAAAAGCAAAAAGAAGAAAAGUUCCAUAGUUCUGAUGUGAAAUAUCGAGAUAAAGAGAAUGGUUUUGUAAGGCAAGACAGCGAUGUCCAUCAUUUCUCACCGUCAAUUAAAGUGGAAGAGGAUAAUGGCUAUCAUCACUCCAUCAAACAUGAGAAGUCACUCAAGAGAGAGCGGGAUGAAGACGACAGAUAUAAACACAAGCCCAAAAAGGUAAAAGUGGAGAAUGAGAAGAAAGUGAAGAAACGUAAACAGGAAGAUGACAGUGAUUAUGAGGAGAGGGAGGAAAGGAAACCAAAGAAGAGGACAAAAGAGGAAAAGAAAGUCACCACUGGAGGGAAAAAGAAAGUCAAAAACGAGCCCGAGGAGAAGUGGAAAUGGUGGGAAGAGGAGAGAUACACAGAUGGCUCCAAAUGGAAGUUUCUGGAACAUAAAGGUCCUGUGUUCCCCCCGCCAUAUGAACCCCUGCCAGGCCAUAUCAGGUUUUAUUAUGAUGGAAAGGCCAUGAAAUUGAGCCCUGGUGCAGAGGAAGUGGCCACGUUUUAUGCAAAAAUGCUUGACCAUGAGUACACAACUAAAGACAUAUUUAGAAAGAACUUCUUCAAAGAUUGGAGGAAGGAAAUGACGUCAGAGGAGAAGUCAAAGAUCACUGAGUUGAAGAAAUGUGACUUCACUGAGAUGCAUGAGUACUUUAAAGCACAAUCUGAGGCCAGAAAACAGUUGUCAAAAGAGGAGAAACAGAAAACCAAAGAAGAGAAUGAACGCAUUCUGCAGGAGUAUGGAUACUGCGUUAUGGACAACCACAGGGAGCGAAUUGGCAACUUCCGGAUUGAGCCUCCAGGUCUGUUCCGAGGCCGCGGGGACCAUCCUAAGAUGGGCAAACUGAAACGCCGCAUCCGACCUGAGGACAUCAUCAUCAACUGCAGCAAAGAUUCAGUUCACCCCAAACCACCCCCAGGCACCAGGUGGAAGGAAGUUCGUCAUGACAACAAAGUCACAUGGCUGGUGUCGUGGACGGAGAACAUUCAGGGCUCCAUCAAAUACAUCAUGCUCAACCCCAGCUCCAGAAUCAAGGGAGAGAAGGACUGGCAAAAGUACGAGACGGCACGCCGGCUGAAGAAAUGUGUGGAGCGGAUCCGAGCACAGUACCGUGAGGACUGGAGGAGUAAAGAGAUGAGGAUCAGACAGAGAGCCGUGGCACUUUAUUUCAUUGACAAGUUGGCACUGAGGGCUGGUAAUGAGAAGGAUGAGGGAGAGACGGCCGAUACGGUGGGCUGCUGCUCUCUGCGCGUGGAGCACAUCAAACUAUACCCUCAGCUGGAUGGACAGGACUACGUGGUGGAGUUCGACUUCCUGGGAAAAGACUCCAUCCGUUACUACAACAAAAUCCCAGUGGAGAAAAGAGUCUUUAAAAACCUACAGUUAUUCCUUGAAAACAAGCAGUCAGAAGACGACCUGUUUGACCGGCUCAAUACAUCAAUUCUGAAUAAACAUCUCCAGGAGUUGAUGGAUGGGUUGACUGCGAAAGUGUUUCGCACUUACAACGCGUCCAUUACCCUCCAACAACAACUCAAAGAACUCACCAGUCCUGAUGAGAACAUCCCUGAGAAGAUCCUCUCAUAUAACAGAGCGAACCGAGCUGUGGCUCUUCUCUGUAACCACCAGAGGGCACCACCGAAAACCUUUGAGAAAUCCAUGCAGAAUUUGCAGACCAAGAUAGACGAGAAAAAGAAACAGCUCUCUGCUGCCAAGAAGGAACAUAAAGCAGCCAAAGCCGACGCCAAGAGGCUUCGCGAUGAGAAAAGUAAAAAGGCAGUGGAGAUGAAGAAGAAAGCAGUGCAGAGGAUAUCUGAACAGCUUAUGAAGCUGGAGGUUCAGGCCACAGACCGUGAGGAGAAUAAACAGAUUGCAUUAGGCACAUCUAAACUCAACUACCUGGACCCACGUAUCUCAGUUGCCUGGUGCAAAAAAUGGGGAGUCCCCAUUGAGAAGAUAUACAACAAAACACAGCGAGAAAAGUUUGCCUGGGCUAUCGACAUGGCAGACGAGGACUUUGAGUUUUAGAGUUUAUUUUAUAUUCUUGCUAUUUUGAUGAAUUGUUUGUAAAAGGUGUUUUUCGCAAUUGAAUCAUCUAUUUGUUUGUGAUUUGGUCAAUUAAGGAUAGAUGAAGUUAAAUUAAAACACAAGCCGAUAGUUUCUCUCAAACAAGGCCACACAUUAGUUAAGUGGUUAUUUGUUCAACCCAGACAAGGCUAUUUGAAAACAAAAGAGGGCCCAUUACUGAGCCUUGCUGAACACCACGCCUUUACUCAAGAAAGGCUGCUAAUGUUUCAUACCAUGCAUUCAGUUUUAGCAUCCUUUGUUUUUAGCCUUCAGAUAUAUUGAUGAAUUGUAUAUUUUGAAAGAAUUUUUAAUAGUCCUUAAGUAAAAUAAGAAAUGCGAAAUGAAAAAUCAUGUAAAUACAUGUUUUAGAUGGCAUAUAUAAUGAAAAACAAUCAAGAGGCAUGAAUGUCAUGAUGAGGCAAUGCAACCAAAUGUGAAUGUCUUACUUGUUAUUUUUGCAUUUUUAAUUUAGUUGUGUUAUUUCUAUCAGGGAUGUACAUUUUGUUUUUAAAUGUGUGUAAAGAGCUGUAUUUUAGCAAAAGAAUGUGUCGCUUUUCAUUAUACUGAUUAUUCCUGUGUAUCCUGUUUAGCCUUGUCUGUCCUUUUCAUUAUGUCAUUUAAUUUCUGUGCCUUUUCUGUGGCAUAACAGUUUCUCAUGAAAAUAAGUUAUUUAUAUGAUGCAGUACUAGUUACAUUAAGCUAAUAUAAAUAUAUAAAGCUUUUUUUAUUCCAGUUGGUAAAUCCUUAAUGAUGAAUCCAUAAAUGAUACAGAAAAGGUCCAUGAAAUGCACUGUCAAUGGAAAAAUGUCUGUUAGGUAAUGUAAAGUCCUGUAAGAGCAUAGAUAUGAGAAGGAGUUAGUCUUUUUGAACAUUUUAUCUAUCUUUACCCUAAGUUUAAAAAUGUGUUUCAUUCAAAGACAGAGGUCAGACAUUUUUGUAAACAUUGUAUGCAAGAUUAAUCACACCAAAAAACGAAUCCUCAUUUUUCUAUAAUUUAUUGGGCAGUAUAACAAUGUAAGCUUUAAUGUUGAUUUUGCUUCGCAUUAGUGUAGUAAGACAUCAACAGUUUACACAGUCCUUUUGUGAAGGUCGUGUAUUCAGUGUAAUUAUUGACAGCGUAAUCGUACAUUAACAGGUUUAGUUUAAGCUUUAUUUUUUAAGUCCUUUUGAUGCAUAUAGACGUUGUUUACAGUGUCGUGACCAUUCAUGAUACAGCGAAAUGUAAAUGUAAAGCCAGAAUGGAACUGAAAUGAUAUUGGGUCUUGAAUGCAGGAAGUUGAACUGAAUUCAAAUGCCCAAAGAAGUGCCACUGGUUAGUAUUUUUGCUGACAAUAUUUGAGAAAUAUGUAGCAAAAAAAGACAGAUUUAUAUAUACCUGCAGUAAAUAUACAGAAAAUAUCUUCAGCUAAAGAGGGUUUUUUCUUGUUGAAACAUUCAUUUAUUUAGCCUUGUAAACCUAGAAUAAAGGUUUUAAGGUCACA